GCAUUAGCAUGCGAGACGACCAGAGGUUUAAUAAACUAGACUAUAUGACUUUCCUCUGCAUAGAGGAAAGAAUAACUACUUGACCAAAACACGUGACUCACCCUGCCAUGCAUCCCAUAGGCUGCGGCUUCUGAACCUCACCUUUAUAAUGCACACUUCUUAGAACCAAACUUCCAGUCUAGCAUCAUCAUUUCAUGACUGUGCUCCGGCUUUAACACGUCAAGGGAGGUUCCCUUGCGUGAGGAUGUCUUUAGUGAACUUCUCAGGGCAGAACGUGGUGGAGUUCACCAUCACGGGCUUCGACCACCUACCCUACCAGAAGCUGAUGGGCACUGUGAUCCUGCUGGCCUACUGCCUGGCCCUCUUCUGCUCCACAACCAACAUCUGCGUCAUCUCCACAGACAGGCGUCUGCACCGCCCCAUGUACCUGCUGAUCUGUAACCUGGCUCUGGUGGACAUCAUGUUCUCCACCGGCGCCAGUACCACCAUGAUCUCUGUUCUUCUGGCCGGGGACAAAACCGUCUCCUACAACUCUUGCCUGUCCCGCGUCUUCAUCCACCACCUAGGAGACGUCACACAGUGUCUGGCCCUCUCUCUGAUGGCACUGGACCGCACUGUGGCCAUCAGUGAGCCCUUACGCUAUGCCACCAUCCUGACCAACCAGCGAGCUUUCCUAUUGAUUGUGGUAUCCUGGCUUUUGGGUAUUGCUUGCAUUGGCAAGUUGGCUUACAUUGCAGAUCAGCUGCCGUACUGUCAGCCUGUGAUCAAAUACGUUUUCUGUGACUAUGCAGCGAUCAUCAGGGCAGCCUGUGUGGAUCCAGAACCGUACUGGUUUGUGUCCAAAAUAAUUAGUCUCUGGCUAAUCGCUGGGCAGUUGCCGUUGAUCUUACUUUCCUAUGGGAAACUUGUCUUUACUGUGCUGAGGCUCCCAAGCACAGAGAAAGGAGGGCGCACGUUCCGCACUGUCAUCAGCCAUUUAAUCCCUGUUUUUUCUUUCUAUGCUCCGAAGCUGGUGUCAGUACUGUUAACCAGAGAGGGAGUUAGGCUGUACUUAACAGAGAGAAACGCUUUGCAGAUCAUCUCUACGCUAGUGCCACCUCUCAUUAACCCCUCCGUCUACUGUCUGCAGAACAAAGAGAUCAGAGGCGCUGUCUUACGCAUAUUUAGGAGAAAUCCGGUCUUACCAUCCAAGGGCUAAUGUUUGUAACCUCAGUAGUGCUUUACCAAAUAUUGCCUGAUGUGUGAAAAAGCUUGAAUGUCUGGUGUGUCUUUCUGCUUCUUCGUCUUCUACUUCUGUUCUUCAUUUGUAUAUCUGUAUGCAAAAGAGGAGGAAAGUGAACUGAGAAAACAGUCAAUUUAAAUUUUUCUCAUACUGUUUAC